GAGCAUUAUGACUCCACCUUUCCUGCAGCCCGACGACCGGGUACCCUUCAGCUGAACGCCAUUUUGUCUUAAAAUCAUGGCCCCCCUCGGGCUGCGUUUACUUUAGGUUUGACCCUUUUAUCAAUUUAUCAAACCUACCUACCUACCUUACACAGUAAUCGCAAGUCGAAUGGCCCAUCAUGUCCGAGCCUGGAGGGAAAUUGAACUGUACCGGUCAGGAUGGACCAAUCUCUGCAGAUCCCGAUAUCGUUGGAUAUGGCGUUCUCUCCGCUUUCCUUGUCACGGCUACGUUGACCGUUCUCACCGUGGUUUUUGGUUAUCUCUCCGGUUCCCUCGGCGACGAGUCGAUGACCGACUUUGAUCGAGCUGUCAUAAAGUCUAUGAGGCGCUCGUUUCGGGCUCGGGGCAAAUCGUCAUCUUCGCCCGCGAACUCAUCUACGGACUUAUCCACGGACUCAAGCAACAUCAAAGAAGCCCCACGCUCCGAGGCGUGGAAACAAGCAGUUUCCCGUUUCAUCUUGGCCCUAAGCGAUCAGCAAUUAGUAACUGGACUCGCAAUCCUCUGCUCCGGGGUUAUCAAUCAAAAGACGCUGACUGUAUGGGAGUUCCACAUGGUUCUUUCCCUUGCCUGGUUCUCGACAACCUCCCACUUGGCCACACUGGACGCGCUACGGACAUACCUCAAAGCACAUGCGGUUAUUCGGGAUGUCCGCGUUUUCGGGAUGGUAUGCGUGCUAGUAUUCCUUCUCUACACAUUUGUUGUUUCGCUAGUAGCCUCAUAUGGCUCGCUGGCAUACACAUCUCCCAUCCAGUGCGCAUUCAUCCAACCUAAACCAGCCCCGGAUGCAUUCACCGUACUCGCCCUAUUGUAAUGGGUCAUAGCCAUGUAUCUCAUUGUGUUUGGAUAUUACACUCGGGUUUCAGGUCUCUACUCGGACCACGGAUUGAUGGCCCUUCUUUUGUAUCCGGGAAUCCGUCUGCAAUGGCGCAGGAUUUUGAGGGACCAGGCACCGCACCUGUCACCGGACCAGGUACUGCAGGUUGUGCUCGCCUCGUCUCGGGCACGAAGGCUGGGCUCCAUCCUUAAGCUUACAUCACAAUGCGGUAAUGGGC